AUGAAAGAAAUUAAGCAUAAUAAUAAAAGUCUUCUCAAAUAUGGUGAAAUAAAAGAUGCCUAUAAACGAAAAGCUUUAGAAACACACCCAGAUAGAUUUGCACCGGGCGCUUCACAAGAUUCUGCUAUAAGCCCAUCACUUUCGCAAGAAGAAGCAAAAAUGCAUUUUCAACAAGUAGCUGAUGCAUAUUACGUAUUAAGUGACGAUCUCAGACGGGCACAAUAUGAUCCAAAUUCGAUUUUUGGUAACGUAUUUGAAGAUUUGUUAAGGCCAGAAAUUGAAAAUCCUAAAUGGUUUUAUGCACCAAUUGGAGCAGUGAGUGGAGCAAUGUUAGGAUUUGUUUGUGGAAAUGUGCCUGGUUUAAUGUUAGGUGCUUACUUAGGAAAUAAAUUAGGCGCUGUAAGAGAUGCUAAAGGCGUAUCUGUUUAUGAAGCAUAUUCCAGAUUAUCAGGAAAUCACAAAGCUGCAAUAUUAGCAGCAAUUGCAGCAAAAAUGAUUACUGGUGGCAAGAUUUAA